AUGGAACACAACUUGCGUGAAAACUGCUCCUUGGUGACUAAGUUGACAUUAUGGUGCUACUUAUCCAAGAACCCAGUCGGACGGCAUGCGAAAGACCCACCCAAAGAGCUUAAUAUACGUUAUGACCCUUCAGAUUGCCCUCCUGAUAUCGACAUGCAAACUGCUGAAUCUCUAAACUGCACCGGAGCUUGGUCACCAGAUAUACACGGCCAUUACCGAAAUCCACAGUUUGCUGCUAAGAAACAUCAUUGGUGGUGGACAGCGAAUAAAGUGUUUGAAAACUUAAAAUGUACUGUAAAACCACAAUGGGCUUGUUAUGACUAUUCCUGGGCGCGCUCAUUAUAUUUCAUAUCAUUGAGUCGAAGAGACGGGAAGAGGUUCAAAGUAUUGCAUAGUUUAACUCCGAGAGCAUUUAAGAUUGAUGCAACUGCAUUUACAAACACGUUGAAUAACAUUGAGGUAAUAGAGAAUGUUUAUCAAGUAAUACUUCUAGAAAAACAACACUUGGAUGAUUGGUUUCCUACACAUAUCGAAGUAUAUUAUAAAAUUGAAUUAGAAAAGGACGAAUAUAUGAUAUUUGAAUACAGUGAAAACAAUGGUGGGUGGAAUGAUCCGAGAGAUAAAGCAAUGUGUACAAAUAUGACCAUAAGAAAAAUUAAAAAGGUUUUGAUGGACAUGAAAAACGAAUUCAUGGAUUAUAUAUCUGAAAAAGACCCGUAG